AAUGUAUACAAAGUUCUAAUAAGUUUACAUUUAAAUGGAAAUACAAUGCUUUCACCUUGUCAAACAUGGUGUCCUGCUUUGCAGUGUCUGAGCUGAGGAUUUUGCUGCUGGGGAGAUCUGGAGAACUGAACAGUAAAGUGGGAAACAUCAUCCUGGGGACAGAGGUUUUUGAAACGGAUCCCCGUUUAAUAAAACAGCAGUGUGCGAGAGCCGGAGGACUGUUGGAUGGGACACACGUGUCUGUGAUCCACACUCCUGACUUACUGCAUCCCCAGAUCUCUCAAGAUGAAUUAGACAAGCAGAUUGAGUUGUGUGUCUGUCUGUCUGACCCUGGGCCCCAUGUGCUUCUGCUGGUGCUGCCGCCUGAGGGAUUUACUCAGAAGGACAGAGACAGAAUGAGGAGGAUUCUGACCACUUUGGGUGAUCAGGCCUUUAACUACACAAUGGUGCUGAUCACCCAUGAAAGCAAAAAAACAGAUGAUUGUAUUGAUGGACAAAGGGAUCCCAUUGAGUUAUUUAUCAAAGAAUGCUGCGGAAGGUAUCACAGGUUCGACAAUAUAGACGUGAUGGAUCAUGAUCAGAUUAUUACAUUUAUGGAAAGAAUUAAGAGUGUAGUAAAGGAGAAUGAUGGAAGAUACCACAUCUUUGAGACAUAUAAGGAGGCAGAAUCAGGUACAACAUCAACACCUGUGACAGGAAGUGAGCAAGAUAUGGAGAGAGCAAAUAGCAAGAGAGAAGAUGAGAAAGCCCAGGAAGAAAAAUUGGACAUUUCCUUGUCUGAGCUGAGGAUUGUGCUGCUGGGGAGGUCUGGAGAACUGAAGAGUAAAGUGGGAAACAGCAUCCUGGGCAGUAAGGUCCUUUCAGUAAACAAUCAGUGUGAGAGGGCAGAAGGUUGCAUGAAUGGGAGGCCUGUGGCUCUGAUCAACACUCCAGACUUACUGGACCCUAAGCUCAGGGACAGGAAAUUAUUCUAUCAGAUAGAAAGGUGUAUUACCCUGUCUGCCCCAGGUCCUCAUGCACUUCUGCUGUUACUGGAGAGCAGCACAUUUACAAAGGGUGAUAAACAAAGACUGAAGAGAAUCCUGGGCUUUUUCAGUGAUGAGUCCUUUAAGUACUCAGUGGCACUGGUGACAGAGAAGAGUAAAAGUGCUUUGAACAUUAAGGAUUCUCAUCGUUUUAAGCUUAGUAAGAGUCAUGUUCAUAAAGUAGCUGAGAAGUGUAGUCAAAGGUGUCACAUGAACAACACAGAAGAGAUUAAUUACACCCAGGUUCCUGAAUUAAUAAAGAAAAUAAAGCAGAUGGUGGAGGAGAAUGGAGGAGGUUUCCUCCGCUGUGAGAUGUUCAAUGAGCCAGAAUCAGCUGCGCUAGGAGCGAUAGAGGGCUCACUGAUGGGGACUGAACAGAAGAUGGAGAGGAAGCAGAAACCACAGGCACGGUCUAGAGAACAACAGCGAGUGGAAGUGGCUGUGGCUGACAGACUGAACUUGAUGUUGUUUGGGAGCAGUGUAGCUGGGAAGACUUCUGCAGGAAACGCCAUCCUGGGACAGAGGGGGUCCAGUGUGGAUCCCAGCCCCUCUUCAGUGUGUGAGAGGAGAGAGGGAGAAGUGUGUAGUCGCCUGGUUACCGUGGUGGAAAUGCCAACUCUGUGUGAAUCACAGCUCACUGCAUCCACUGUGUCUCGCCUCUUUACCUCUCUCUGUGGCCCUGGAGUUCAUGCCUUCCUCCUGGUCAUACCAGCUGCUACCCUCACUGAUGAAGACAAGGCAGAAAUAACAGGGAUUCAGGAGAUAUUUGGCUCAAGAGUGACUGAUUACAUGAUGGUCCUUUUUACCCAUGAAUAUCCAGAUGCUCAACCUGUUCGUGACUUUCUGCAGCAGAAUAAAGAUACUCGGGAGCUUCUAAAGAUGUGUGGCAACAGGUUCUGCGUUUUCAACGACCAGGACAUUGCGAAUAACCCAGUAGUUCCACAGCUUCUGAAGGCUAUAGAGGAGAUUAUUAGAGCAACAGAAAGUUCAUUUUCCCUGGAUAUGUAUUGGGAGGCACAGCUGGAGAAGAAGGACAGGAAAAUCAGAGAAUUAGAAGAAACUAUUAAGCACAAAUCACUGGGUGCUGAGAAUAAAAAUCAGAACUCGGACUGUGUGAGGAUAGUGCUCGUGGGGAAGACAGGAAAUGGGAAAAGUGCCACAGGAAACACCAUACUGCAGAGGGAGGAAUUCAAGUCUGAGCCCAGUUCAUCAUCAGUGACAACCCGCUGUAAGAAAGGCUUAGGAAAAGUAGCAGGCAGGCAUGUUGCUGUAGUUGACACACCAGGUCUCUUUGACACAGAAGUUACGAAUGAGGAGGUCCAGCAGGAAAUAGCCAAAUGCAUCUCCUUUUUGGCCCCAGGACCUCAUGUGUUUCUCCUAAUUCUACAAAUUGGAAGAAUCACAAAGGAGGAGAAGGACACAUUGCAGCUCAUUAAGAGUACCUUUGGUAAAAUGGCUGAAAUGUUCACCAUAGUCAUGUUCACAAGAGGGGAUGCUCUUAAAAAUGAAUCAAUUGAAAGUUACAUUGGCAAAAGCAAUGCUACUAUCCAGAAUCUGAUUCAAGACUGUGGAAACAGGUUUCAUGUCUUCAAUAAUGAAGACAAGAGCAAUUGCACCCAAGUGUCUCAGCUGCUUCAUAUGAUAGACAUGAUGGUGAAUAAGAACGGAGGUGGCUACUACACCAAUGAGAUGUUCCAGGAGGCAGAACUAACCAUUAAGAAAGAGUGUGAAAGAAUAUUGAGAGAGAAGGAGGAAGAGAUGCAGAGAGAGAAAGAGCUGCUGAAGGCAAAACAUGAAGAGGAGAUUAAAAAAAUGCAGAGCAGGAUGGAAGAGGAGAGACUUCAAGAAGAGAAUGAAAGAAAACAUCGGGAAAAAGAGCUGAAAGACAAAGAAGAACAUUUAAGGAAAGAGCGUGAAGAGUGGAGAAAAAGAGAGCAGAAGGAAAAAGAAAGAAGAGAUGAGGAAGAGAAGAAAAAGGAAAAACAAGAAUUAGAGUGGAAGGGGAAAAUGGAUAAGAUAGAGAAAGAGAGAACUAGAAUGGAAGAGGAGUGGAAAUAUAGGGAAGAUGAGGAAAAAAAGAGGGUAGAAAGAGAGGAGAAACAGAGACGAGAGAUGGUAGAAGAACAAAGAAGAGAAAGGGAGAAAUUUGAGCAAAAGCAAGCAGAAGAAAAGAAAAAGAGCGAUAGAGAUGAGCAGGAGAGGAAAAAUCGUGAGAAGAGAGAAAGAAGGGAGUGGGAACAGAAAAUGAAAGACACAGAAAAAGAGAAAAAAGAGAUACAAGAAGACAUGAAGAAAAGAGCUGAGGAAUGGGAACAGGAAAGAAAAAUGGAACAGAUAAAGAAAGAGGAAGAAGAGAAGAAAAGGAAACAGAAAGAAGAGCAAGAGAGAAGAGAGUGGGAUGAGAAACAAAAGAAAAUGAGGGAUGAGUUUGAGAAAGAAAGGGAACAAGAAAGACAAAAGAGAGAAAAGGAAAGGAGACAUAAAGAGAAAAUCGAGAGGGAUCUUGAAGAAAAGAAAAGGCAGUUGAAAAAACAAGAAGAGGAAUGGGACAAGGAAAGAAAUGCAGAGAGAGAGAAAAGAUAUAAAGAGGAUGAGCAGAGAAGAGAGGAGGAGAGGAAAAAGAUAGCACAGCUGCAGGAGGAUUUUGAGAGGGAACGAGAAGCAGAGAACCGGAAGAGAAAGAAGGAUGAUCAGGCCAGGAGAGAAAAAGAAGAAAAAGAACAUACAGAAAUGGAGGAAGACUAUAAAAGGAAAAUGGUAGAAAUGAAGAGGAAAUAUGAAGAAGAUGCUAGAAAACAAGCUGAGGAAUUGAAUGACUUUAAAGAGAAAUACAGAAGAGAUUUUUUGGCCUUAAGCUUAAAACAUGAUAAUGAGUUAUUGAGGCUAAAAGAAGAGCAUCAGAAGCAGACUGCUCUCGAAACUGAACUUUAUAAAUUUAAUGAGAAAUCCUUGAAAGAGAAAAUGGAGCAGUUACAAGAGAAACAACAAAAAGAAAUUGAUGAGCUGAAAGCAAAAUGUGAAAGUUUAUGUGUAAUACUGUAAUUCUACAACAGGCAUGCUUUCCUUUGAUAGGCAACAUACCAUUUUUAGGCAGAGAUAAUUCUCUCUUUAUAUUGACCAUGUAAAACAAGAUACAUAAUGUAUACCUGUAUAAUAUUUUUUUUUCUGCAGAAAGAGCCCAGCACCUACACAUAGCAAACUGGAUAUAUUUGAACUGGGGGAUAAGGGCCGUGCCUUCUCCUUAUAAUCAAAAAGCACUAAUGCAUGAUUGGUUUACUAACAACAUGAAUAAUUAUAAAUCUGAUUGGUAAAUG